AUGGAACGUAGCACGUUCAUAUUACUGUUCGUGACUGGUUUUGUAAGCUGUGUCCAGUGUACCAUCUUUAGGACAGUGCGUUCACCGUCCGGACCAAUUAAGGGGAUUGGUGUACCUUACCAAGGCAAUACGGUAUUUCAAUACCGAAAUAUUCCUUAUGCUGAACCUCCAUUGGGAAAUCUGAGGCUACGGAAGCCGGUGCCACACCGAACAUGGACGGAGGUUUUAGAUGCAACAAUGUUCGGUCCUUCAUGUAGUCAAGACAUUGCCCGUAUUAAAAGUAUCCUUCAAAAACUGCCCAAUAGAAACUUUUCUGAAGACUGUUUGCAACUCAAUGUGUAUACACCCAACAUCGCCUCAUCACAAAACAGAAAGAGUGUCAUGAUAUGGGUCCACGGGGGAGCCUACAUGUUAGGACAGGCCUCAUUAUAUGACGCAACACUUCUAGUAACUGAAGGAGACGUUAUAGUAGUCACAGUGAAUUAUCGUCUUGGAGCACUUGGCUUUCUCAGUACAGGCGACGAUGCAGCACGUGGGAACUACGGUCUAUGGGACCAACGAUUGGCUUUUGAAUGGGUGAAAAAUAACAUUGCAUCUUUUGGCGGUGAUCCUGACACGAUGACCAUAUUUGGGCAAUCAGCGGGAGCCUUUAGCGUAGGCCUCCACGCCAUGAUGCCAAUGAACAGAGGCUUAUUUACAAGGAUAAUUUCUGAAAGUGGAGGACAAAGUUCUAACAUAGCUGUCCGAUCAGAUCCAAAACCUGUUACAUUUAGAUACGGUCGUGCGAUCAACUGCAUAAAAAAUGCAGACAAUCAAAUUGAUACGGCAGCACUUCUUCAAUGUCUUAGGGAGAAACUACUGACGAAAUAA